UCCAGGGCCGCGGGUGUGAGGGGCGGGCCCAGGUUCCGGCCCGCGCCGCCCCAUGUGACCCGGUCCGACAUGGUGUCGCCUCCUCCCGGGGCGGCGGUGGCGGCGGCUCGGCUGUGCUUCGGGCCGGGCCUGCGGCCGCUCAUGGGCAGCCAGGGCCACCCGGGGCCGCCCGGGAACAGCGGGCAGGGCGAGGGCGAGGGCGGGGAGGCGAGGAAACUGCAGGGAGGGAGGGUCGCGAGGGGGAAGCGAAGAAAGGGGAAGGGGAAGGGAAAAGCGGGAGCAGGACAGGGCGGAAGAGGAAGCGGGGCGGAAGGGAACCCGGGGCUGCAGAAAGCGAAGGAGGCAGCGGGGCUGGGGGCCGAGGAGGGAGCCAGGGCAGGCCCGGGGGAAGAAGGAGAGGGAGGCGGAAGCGUGGAGGAAGGGGCGAGAAGGAUCGUGCGGAGAGAUGAGGGGAGCGCAGGGGCGGGGAAGGAGGCCAGAGGAAGAGGUGAUGGGAAAAAGGAGGAAUGGAGGGUCAGGCCUGGGCGGCGGGAGGACGCGAGGCCGGGGAGAGCGCAGGGACGAGGGGGUCAGGCGUGGGGCUGCAUCGCGGGGGCUGGGGCUGCGGGGGUGGCCAUGGCGGCAGCGGCCGAGGAGGAGGCGGCGGCCCGGGAGCCGGCCGGCCGCCCCGCUGCGGGGCCGGCGCUCUUGCGCCUGCCGGAGGAGCUGCUGCUGCUCAUCUGCUCCUACCUGGACAUGCGGGCCCUCGGCCGCCUGGCGCAGGUGUGCGGCUGGCUGCGGCGCUUCACCAGCUGCGACCUGCUCUGGCGCCGGAUAGCCCGGGCCUCGCUCAACUCCGGCUUCACGCGGCUCGGCACCGACCUGAUGGCCAGUGUCCCUGUGAAGGAACGGGUGAAGGUGUCUCAGAACUGGAGGUUGGGGCGCUGCCGAGAGGGGAUCCUGCUGAAGUGGAGAUGCAGUCAGAUGCCCUGGAUGCAGCUAGAAGGUGAUUCUCUGUACAUAUCCCAGGCUAAUUUCAUCCUGGCCUAUCAGUUCCGCCCAGAUGGUGCCAGCUUGAACCGUCGGCCCCUGGGAGUCUUUGCUGGGCAUGAUGAGGACGUUUGCCACUUUGUGCUGGCCAACUCGCAUAUUAUCAGUGCAGGAGGAGAUGGGAAGAUUGGCGUUCAUAAGAUUCAUAGCACCUUCACUGUCAAGUACUCGGCUCAUGAACAGGAGGUGAACUGUGUGGAUUGCAGAGGGGGCAUCAUUGUGAGUGGCUCUAGGGACAGGACGGCUAAGGUUUGGCCUUUGGCCUCAGGUCGGCUGGGGCAGUGCUUACACACCAUCCAGACUGAAGACAGAGUCUGGUCCAUUGCUAUCAGCCCAGUACUAAGCUCUUUUGUGACAGGGACAGCUUGUUGUGGGCACUUCUCACCCCUAAGAAUCUGGGACCUCAACAGUGGGCAGCUAAUGAUGCACCUGGGCAGUGACUUCCCCCCAGGGGCUGGGGUGUUGGAUGUAAUGUAUGAGUCCCCGUCCACACUCUUGUCCUGUGGCUAUGACACCUACGUUCGCUACUGGGACCUCCGAGCCAGUGUCCGGAAGUGUGUCAUGGAGUGGGAGGAGCCCCACGACAGCACCCUGUACUGCCUGCAGACCGACGGGAACCACCUGCUGGCUACUGGGUCCUCCUACUACGGGGUCGUGCGGCUGUGGGACCGGCGCCAGAGGGCCUGCCUCCACGCCUUCCCACUGACCUCGACCCCGCUCAGCAGUCCCGUGUACUGCCUGCGCUUCACCACCAAGCAUCUCUAUGCUGCGCUGUCCUACAACCUCCACGUCCUGGACUUUCAGAACCCGUGACGGGGCCACCCGGGCCUGUGGGCCAGGGAAGCCAGCUACUCAGGGACCCCUCCGCCUGGAGGGUGCAGGGAUACCUCCGCCCCUGCCGUGCCUGUGCUCCUAGACCUGUCACCACAGUGCUUGGGCACUGUCAGGUAAAGGCUGCUGACUCCCGGGAAUUUGGGGGUUACCCUCCCCCCCCCCCAGGAACUAAUUGGAGAGAAGGGAUCUGCUGCUUUGAGGGAAUGGCUGAACCUGGCCGGGCCUUGCUUCCCUGUUGGCCAGAGCAAGGACCUGGUCUGGACAGGCCUGCCCCUUCUUAGAGCCAUGAGGAGCGUGGAGUGAGGUGAGGGGCUCCAGCCGUCCCAGUUGGUCCCUUGCUGCACCUUCCUUGGAAGGAGGGGUGAGGCUGCCAAUCCUCUGCUCUGGCCCCUACCUCCUCAGUCUCCACCCUUGACCAAGCUCUUAGGGCUCAUUCCUGGGGCACUGUGGCCUGGUCUUGCUUUGAAACUGAGGAAGGACAAAGGAAAGCUAGCCCACUCUCAGGCCGGCUGCUAAGACAUGCUACAAUGUUCAUUUUUGUAAAAAUAAAGCUUGAUUGUUCACAGA